GUUCCUCCCAAUCUGAUCACUUUCUGUUAUAGAAAGAUGAUACAUUCGGACGAUGGAGGCCUAGAUCUCGAUUGCCCUGGACCUAGUUCGAGCACAAUAUUGCCACAGUCUUCUGGUUCUCCAUCAAACAUAUCUGGAUGGGAUGAAUUAAUGGAAUUUUAUGAUACUAAAUCUUCUAAAGGACGUCGCUCAAAGAAAAGCUCGACACUGCCUGAAAACAAGGUCUCAAAAAACACACACAGCGGCCGCACCAGCACAUGUCCACUAUGUGCAUACCAUGUGCGCUCGGGCUGGUCCCAAAAUAGCGAGCAAACACUAGCGAAGAUGGUGAAGCAUCUAAGAAGUCAUGAAGGAGAGUUGGACAGCUCACAAAAAGUUGCGUGUACCCUUUGCUAUAACUUCUGCUCUAAGUCCGAGUUGCAUAAACAUUACAGGGAAUGUCAUGGUGAACAACCAGAGCAGUUUAUCGAGAGUGAGGUACUCUAUUUUACGAACUCUGUACACCGCCAGCAAGGAUUAAUAAAUACAUACACACAGGCUUUGAAAAGAAAUUCGUUAGCUGAUAAGCGUUGUAUACCUGCUGACUCCCUGUUCAGGGGAUAUCCCACCAAAAGAAGCAUUGAGAGUUGUCGUAGUUUGUGGCGUCGAAAGUUUGAAACAUCGUCGCACCCGAAGUUCCUUUUCCGGUUCAAGAUUCGGCCAAGUUCGUCGGCUCCCAUCACAUGGGCAUGUCCGCUUUGUACGAGCUCGAGUGUAUGUGGAUGUUCCUCAUUUUCUAAUGACAUAUCCGCGCGACUGUUCAUACUUCGCCACUUUUCGAUAUUACAUCAUGAUUUGGAGAAUUUAGCCACAAAGGUGCAACAAGAAUGGGAAAUUCUCACAAACGAAGUUGGCUUUGACCUGAAACCACAUGCAGUGAGCAGCGCUGAACUGUUACAGCAGAAGGAGAGAAGCUGUCAUUUUUACGUCUUGAGAACACUAGAGGAUAGAUAUCGUUUGCUACAGGAAAUGAUUGCGAGAUGUGUAUAUAAGAAAGAAUUAAGCACAUCUGAAUACUCUAUCUGCGCCGUUUGUUUCAUUCCUGUCCCGACGCGUUCACUAUUCAGACAUUUUUCCACAGGAGAGCACAGGAAGAUGAAUGUGCACGAUGGAUUGUCAGAAUUCCGGGAGGUUCCUGAAAUUGCUGAAUCUCCUACUACAACGGCUGUAAAUUUUCCAUAUUUAUCACUUCGAUAUUCCAAAGUAUUCAAAAUCAAGGAACUGGGAGAUGCUGAUUCUAUGACUUUUUUGAAAUGGCGUUGUUGUCUUGCUAGCGAGAUUGCAGGGCAUGUGGAUGACGUUUUGGAGUUUCCGACCGUCCAGAUUUUGAAGGUUCACGCGCUAAAACAUUUUCAGACAUUCCAUGUCGAUUUUUUCGACAAUAGUUUUCUCGCCUAUGAGUGGGCACUUCUAAAAAGGGAGCUCCCAAGCUCGGAGUGUGCUCGUUAUUAUUCACCUCUCAAAAGAAGUCCGGAUGAGGGACCAUUCGACAUCACAGACCCAAAUCACUUCCAUGCUCCAAAUAAUAUGCGUCUGCUUCCCAAAUAUCUUGUGGAUAUCCAGGUCUGCGGUUUUUGUUUCUGGUGUGGGUACUCAUCUCAAUUUCUGGACCAUAUUGUCUGCCAUGGAUACAUUGACACUGGACACGGUUUGUCAAGUUGCACUAGGAAAGAAUUUUUUACACUCUCAGGAUCACGUUUGUCUAGAAAAAUGGGGCAUCUUGAUCAUGUCGAAAGUCUAAUCCCGAAUAAAAUUCUUGGUUCGGUAGGAGAAGAAGCGCUUUCUUCUAUAAUUACACCGAAACACAGAACAUCUCAAGAAGAUAGCAACGUCAUCUACACUACUCCACGAUCUAGCAUUGAAGCUUCAGCGUGUCAACAGAAAAUGUUGAAUCCGUCAUCUACUGCUUCGAGGUCUAUGGUACCAGCAGGAAAAUCUCCGCUGAAAGUGUCUUUUCCCAAUGAAGAAUACUUCACAGCUAAUUCAUCUGUGUACGACAACGAUGAAUCCGACACCAGCUCUAUUGCUAGUUCAAUGAAUGACUUUUCUAUCUCUGAGAACGCUCAAAUCGAAAGUGGAGUGCAGUCUUCACUGCCAGAUGCCCAAAGCUCAAUGGUUCCAACAAGCACUACAGAUACCCAUUCAGAACAGAUAUUCCAAGAUGUUUCUUCCUACAAAACGGAUGAUGAUGAAGAUGACGUGCGAGAGACUGCAAACCAUGUGGGCACAAGCAGUAUCGCAGAAGAGCACAAAGUAAACAUUCUGGAGAAGUUCACUUGGGAAGGUCCGCCUCCUCCUCCUCUGGAUGUCGACCAGACAGAACAACUUAUGAUGUUAUCGCGUAAUGAAUGUCCAUUCUGUAAGACCGCACACGGAUCUAGAGGACUACGUGUUCCGGCUUUCGCCAAUGAUGAGAUCAAAGAGGAAUGUAUGAUUGCACAUAUGGUACGAUUUCAUCAUGAAGAUGGGCGAGCUAAAUGGGUUUUUGAAGCCAAAAGAUAUCGCAUGUCUACAAGUAAGCGUGCUAAUCCCUUGAAGUUUCUUUUGGAGCCGUCGCAGGAAGGUUAUCUCGUCUGUUCAUCUUGUGAGAAGGCCUCUUUCCCUAAGCUCGCGAAUCUUCGUCCUCAUUGGGUCCGCUGCGUUGAAGUUGGGGGAAAGUAUAGGAAAGAUCUUCGUUUGGGCAGAUCAGUCCUAAUGUCACCAGCUGCAUUAGUUCUACGGAAGCGGAGGAGUGUGAACUCGCCAGUGCGGUGUCCCGUUAAAGGGUGUUUAUCGGCUUGGCGCCCAAGUCACAUCUAUCCAAAUUCUGUCGGUCAGAUUGCACACAUGCUAGCUAGACAUCUGACUGAUAAAGAUGCUUAUGAUAUUGCCUUGGAGCUGGGUGAAAAGGAGCAACUCGACAAGGUAUUUCCAUAUUUGUCUGUUUCAAAAUCCUUUGCAAAAACUCUGAGCCACCCAAAAACCAUGUGCUUGCAAUGUUCCAAAUGUGAGCAUGGCGUUCGUAGACCGAAUGAGCUGGUGCAACAUGCGCAGCGCUAUCAUCCCACAGAAGAACAUUAUUCAGGAGCUCCAAAAUGUCCAUUUGAAUGCGGAAGAAAAAUCAAAAGGCGACCAGACUUGUCGGACAAAGUGCUGAGGCUGAUUCAUAUGUUCAGAUAUCAUCUUGGUACAGACAAAGCUGUGGAAUGGAUCCGCGAUUGGUCGCGGAGCAAUAGUGAUGUCAUGGACAGCGAACCAAUUUACAGAUUUGAUGUGCUUGCUUCUCUUGAGAAAUCACUAUUUCUGGCAUCUCCGAAGAUUAAGUGCUCAUUUUGCGAAAACUGGUAUUGUCUUGAGAUGUAUCUGAAAGAACACAGAAAGCCCAGGAGUCCAUGCUACAGGCGAACUCUAGCUGAGAAUGAGGAUGCAAAUACUUCUGCACAGGCGAAUAAAUCCUCACAAGAGAUCUCAUUACUAAGUAUAUCGAAAAGGAGAAAGUUGCGUCAGUGCGAGUUUUGCUCGAGAGCUGUUACGCAGAGUACGAACUAUUCUGAAAGAGUCUCGAAAUUUCUGCAUGCUUUACAUGUACAUCUGCAAAGUGCACCUGCAGUACAGUGGCUUGACUCGAGGGAUUAUUAUUCUUAUGUUUGCGAAUUUCCUUAUCUAGAUAUCGUUACUACGCUCGAGACAUCUCGGAAGCGGGGUAAAACCAGUCUCCAUUGUGCUAUCUGCUCUUACGAAACGGAUGCCACUCGUAGGAUCAUUAACCAUGCUAUACUGCAUCAGGAGUUGAUGCACCAUGAGGAUAGCUACACUGAUCCAUGCAGCAUUUGUGGUGAGCAGAUACAGAUUUACAGUCAGGUGAAGGAGCCAUUCCAAAGACUCUGCCACUUAUUGGCGAAACACUCUGACAAUAAGGACCUUGUGCGAGACGCCAUCGAUGCUUAUUCCUGUGAUAACGAAAGUCCUGUGUUGCUGAUGGAUUGUCAAAGAACUCUGGAAAUGUUUUUGGAAGGGGAAAAUAGGAUUGCUUGCGGAAGAUGUGAUUUUUCUUCUUCGAAUGGCUACGCUCUCAUAGAGCAUGCAAAAACACACGAUAUAACUGUUGCUAAGCAAAACCGACGAGAGAUCAAGAGGAAACUUCCAAUCGUGUGUCCAUAUUGCAAACGAAUGCUUUUAUGUUCUGCACGCUAUUCGCAUCGUGUUACACUUUUUAUACAUUUUGUAAAAUUCCACAGAAUGACCAAAGAAGACGUUGAAGAUUUUAUCAGUAAAUGUGCCGCAUGGAACUUAGCGCAAGAGUUUCCUUACAUUGAUGCUGCUGCUUCGAUAAGGAUUGGCAAACUUCAGUGUGCCAUUUGCGAAGCCUCGCUGCCGGACACUGCUCAGAUUCUGAAGCAUGCGACAAUUGUGCACGAAGGCUAUCAGCCCCAUUUUGUUGCCAAGGAAGUGACUACGGAUGCUGGCAAGGGUGACCUGAUCGUAACACAGCUUGGCAGCGAUAAUAUGCAGGUGCCUGCCAGCUUAGUCAGCUCCGAGAUGUUCAACGACGAGAAGGUUUUCAGCAAUUUUUCCUUACCAAGUGAAGCAAUAGUCAGUGCAGUUCCACCAUCAGAACUUGCUUCUCAAGAAACUGAGUUUGGUACGAAUCUUGAAUCCACUCAUUCUGCCGAGGGAGAGGAUGAAGCAUUAUUCACUGCUAUUACUCCAAAGAAAGAGUUUUUGUCAAAUUCCGGACAACGGCUAUCACGGACUUACGCACCAAUGAACGAUCGUGUGCCUCUGUUGCCAUCGUCCUCUGAUGAUGAAAUCAUCCGAGAGGGUGGCAGAAGUGUCAACACAGGUCUUGAUGAUCCAUAUUCACAACGCGGUAGCGCCCGGGAUGAGCAAGAAAAUCAUGAAGAAGCAGCGUGUGCAGCGAAGCAGCAAGGAAUAUGCAGUAAUACAGACAUCUCCGGCAGAAAUAUAAAUGCAGCCUUCCGUCUUGAUGUAACUUCUUUGCCAGGUCCAUCCACAAGUACACCGAAACCAAACAGAACUAGCACUUUGCCUGAUUCACAAAGUUCUUUGCUGUCGUGGUUGUCACCGAUUAAUGGAUCUAUUGUGCCAUCACGACGGGCGGAAUUGAUUUCAGAAUCGCAAGAUGGUCGUGAUCUCAGAGAUGCUCUUGACAACAUCGACACCAGGCAUGGGAAUGUUGUAAAACGGAAACGUUCCCAUCACAGCUCCAGCGAUGGUACUCUAUUUGACGAACUUCCACAACGAAUGGUACAGAAAAUUGCGUUAAAGUCGAAGCCACCUGAUGAUAUCAGUCAUAUCAAAGGAGCGAAGGGACAUCCGUGCAAUUUCUGCGAAUUUAAAGCUCGCAGUGUCAGUGAUAUCAGGCGACAUACAAGUAUAGCACACUCUGAAAUUCUGCCAUCAAACUCAACAAACAUCGUUACGCCUUGUCAUCUCUGCAAUGAGGUGUUUGAAAAGCGAACUCUCCUCCUAAAGCACAUUACUGAUAGUCAUGCAGAGCUUCAGCAACCUUUCAAAUGUGCAUACUGCCCAAAAACGUACGUAACCUCUCUGCGAAUGCGUGAGCAUGAGCGACGAUGUCAUGAAUCGCGAUUGUUUGUUGAUGCGGCAAGCUUAAUCUGCCCCCUCUGUGAUAAAGAGUUUAGUAGUAAGAGAAAUCGGGAUCAGCAUGUAAAAAGGCAUAAGAAUCCCAACAGUUCACUGGCUCGAGGAUUUUGAGAAUUAUAUAGUUUUGUUUUAGAAUAUCGCAUGUCUAUAAUGAUGCACAUUAUUACUGUACAAAUUUGUACUGGGAUCCAACUAAUCUCGUUGUUGAUUUUGUUCUCAUUUUGCUGCCCCUUAUUGUUAUGUUGUUACUCGUUUCAACAGCAGCUGCUAUGAGUAAAUAAAGCAAUAGUUUAUUGUAUGGCCAACAUAAUGCGAAAAAUGCAUGAGUUUUC